AGUUCGACUGCAGUCACUGAGCGAAAUCGCCGGUUCGCGCCUUCGCGGGUUCGACAAUAUCAAUAUACUUAUAAGUGUACACUGCACGAAACGCGAUAUGUUUCUUUUGAAGCGCGGUUAGCUUGUUAGUGUGCGGAAUAGAGAUUUUCAACUAGACAGUUUAGACAAUUUUUCAUCUCCCCCAAACAAUUAAAAUGUCCAAGUUCACUUUCGGCACUCCUACAACCACUGCUACUGCACCGAGUUUCGGAUUUUCGGCUGCAACGCCAGCAGCUGGAGGGUUCGGAUCCAAUACCACGUUUGGUGCAGCAGCAGCUCAGCCAGCAGCACAAACCGCCACUCCAGGAUUAAACUUCAGUUUUGGUAGCACGCCAGCAGCAACUGCUCAACAAACCAAUUUAACCUUGGGUGCAGGCAUGGCAGCUCAAGGAGGUGGUCUCUUUUCAGCUACACCCCAGGCUCAACUUGCUCAACAAAAUCAACUAGGGCAAUUAGGUCAACCUGCUCAAUCAACUGGUCUGGCAUUUGGCACACCAGCUGCUAAACCAGCUGGCUUAACCUUUGGUACACCAGCGAGCACUGGGGGAUUAGGAGCUACAGGAGGCUUAACCACAGGAGGUCUGGCUACAGGAACUUUGGGCACCACUGGAGGCUUGGGAACAACUGGAGGUUUAGGAACAACGGGAGCUUUAGGAACAACUGGAGGUUUGACAAGUGGUGGAGGUCUGGGAGGAACUGGAGGCCUAUCUUUUGGUACUCCCGCAACCACUGGCAGUUUGUCUUUUGGUACAAGUACAACAGGUGCUGCCACUGGAAGUUUAAGUUUUGGAGCUGCUACCAGCACAUCAACAGGAGGUUUAAAUUUUGGAACUACAGCCACAGCAGGUGGUUUAUCGUUAGGAACUACUACAAGCAGUGCAGCUCCAACGCUCACCAGCUCAGCCCCAUUGAGCUUUGGUGCUGCAGCUGCUACCACUAGUGCCUCUUCGUUAUUUGGUACAACUAGUGGUGGGCUAUUUGGAGCAAAACCUGGAGCAUCAGUGGCAGCCAUUGCAACUACAAAUACAGCUACAAUAGCUAACCGUGGUCUGGGUGGGUUAGAUGUUUCUGUAACCAACAAAGGUCUCACACAAGGUAGUGCAAGUCCAACAGCAGCUAAAGAAAAUGUACUUCCAAAUGAAUUAAUGCAAACAAUUGAUGGUUUUAAAGAAUUUGUGAAAACUCAAAAAGUUUUGAGCUCUGAUAUAGCAAGAGGUUCAGCAAGGCCACUCAAUAGGUGUGCAGAAGAUACAGCUUCCUUGAUGGAAAUUUUAACGACAUUGGCUGGCUCUGUUCAAAGAGAUCGAUCAUUAGCUGAUAAACUUAAACAAGAUACUGCUAAAGCUCUACAAAAUGCUGAAAUAGCUCAAAGAACACAUGAUACACCAGCAGGUCUGCAGUACGAAAACAAUGCACCGCUGCUUUUUUUUAUGGAAUUAGCAGAAAAUUUCGAACACGAUCUUAUGUUAUUCAAAUCGCAAAUAGAAGCCACCGAAAAACACAUACAGACAAUGAUGACUCCAAAAACCUUGACACCACAAGAAUUAACAAUGGCAAUGAGCAAACUUCACGAAUCUCUUGUAGCAGUUGCUGGAAGACUUCAAGGAGUGCAUUCAAAAGUGCAGCAACAAAAAGAACAAUAUCUGAAUUUUAGGAAGUAUGUCCUGAAAGACAGCACUAACGUUUUUGAAGAUAUCAAAACAGAUAGAAAUUCAAGUAGGAAUAGCAUAGGAAAAGUCACCAGUGGACCAACGCCGUUUGGCCCGGGGAAUAGAAGCUUUUUAUCCUCAACUGCUUUAAAUGCAUCACAAACACCUAGUUACGGGACAUCAAAUCCUUUGGGAAAAAAUUAAAAUAUGGCUGUUUUCUAAUUUAUUAAUUGAGUAUGGGGCAAUGUCGCCACGACGCCUGCAACUAAUCUCUCGAUCGGCACGUCGAUGAAACCUCCAACGACAGGACUUAGUUUUAAUCCACCAACAAACCUGACAGCACCUCUGUCAACCACGGAUCCGAACUCAAGCUUCCAACUACAAAAACCGCCUGUCGGCAACAAACGAGGGAAGCACUGAUGGGUGCUUGAACUUUGUAACAAUAAGUGUAAAAUAAUAAUUAAUCUGUCUAGAAAAAUAGUUCAAUUUUUAUAAUUACUUUAAUUAGCGUUUGUAAUGUUCCAAGUUAUUGUUAGAAUAAAAAAAUAAAAAACUAGCUUUUUCUCUUGA